AUGUCCAACGCCAUAAACCAAUCCCCCAAAGCCGUCGAAAAUUGGAUGGAAAAUCUAAAGCAAUCGAAACCAAAGGUAACGAAACUCCAGUUCUACUACCACAACUCCCGCAACCCGGAGAUGAACCUCUCGGCCGUGCAAGUGGCGACCGCCCCCGUCUUCUCUGACCAGCCUCCGUACUUUGGUGUGCUGACGAUCACCGACGACCCCCUCACUGUGGGGCCCGAGAUCUCCUCUAAGCGUGUGGGCUACGCGCAGGGCUUCUAUGCCACGUCAUCGUUGGAGGAGGUGAGCAUGCUGAUGGGCGUCACGUUCAUUUUCACGGAUGGAGAGUACAACGGCAGCACGCUCGACAUCCUCGGCCGCAAUCCCAUCGGGGAACGCUACCGGGAGCUGCCCAUCGUCGGGGGCAGCUCUAAUAAUAACAUGAUAGUAUAA